AUGUUAACUGGUGUUGAUUUACAAACUUCUCUUCAAGAAAAAAUGAACUUUCUUGCUAGAAAUCUUUGCACAAAUAACCAAUAUCCAACAGGUAUGUUGACAAUUAUACUUCUGUUGCAUACACCAGCCUUUCGUCUAGAUCAUAGAACUAUUCAUUGCUUCAAAAUAUUAUGUGGAAUGUUGAAUGACUGUUGGAAACAUUAUUUUCGUUUUUAUCCAGAAACACCAGUUACUCCUUUACCAACAAUACAAGUAGAGGAAGAUCAUUUCAAUGUUUAUCUCGAUUGGACUUUCAUUUGCUCAUCAAAAUCAAUUGAAGAAUCAAUUGCUAUUCUUAUUGGAUUAUACUCGUUGAUGGAUCUCAAAUUUAAUACGUAUAGAAUGGCAGCAAGAUUUCUUUAUGCAUAUUUAAUAAACGAUCAACAAAAACAGCCAAACAACAUUCGUAAGAUUUUUAAAGAACAUAGUAUUGAGCUUGUAUGUAUGCCCAUAUCAUCUGUUCAACAUCAACAUCAAUCAUCUAUCCAACUGCAACAUCAAUCAUCUAUCCAACUGCAACAUCAAUCUCCAUCAUCUGUCGAACAAAUUAAAGAAAUAAACAACAACAAUAAUUUUUUUCCUGAUGAUCGUGACGACAGUGUUCAUGAUUUGGUUAUUGACGACGAAGAAAACGAUGAGCAAGAAAUAAAUAUCAACAUUUCAACAUCAAAAACAAUUUUAAUGAAAUCUACUCCAAAACCUUCUCAAAAAAGAAAAGCUAAUCAUUUACCAGAGAAUACAGAUUUGGGUGAAGAAGAAAACACUCCACCAAGAAAAAAACUCACCAAUUCAAAACGAACCAAGCGUCAUUAA